GUUCAGGUUUCACUUCUGAACUUGACAGUCGCGACGUCUGCUCGUUACACCCGUUAUUCAUCAAACAGGAAUUUUAGUCGCUAGUGGCUGAACUUGACUGAAUAUGGUGCGAACUGGAGGCGUUUUGAAGAUGGCAGCGAUGAUCUCCACCUUCAUCCUCGCCAUCUAUCUGGCGUUCCAUCUGCUGGAGAUAAGGGUGGAUUUCCGGCAGGGAAGCAUGAUGAGCAGAUCGGUUUCCAUAAAAGACGGAUCCAAACCAGUUGGGCACAAAUGUGGACUUUCCAAGGCGUGUCCCGUCGGUCAGUUUGCCUUCAAGAUGGCGAGUGGCGCAGCCAGCGUGGUUGGGCCCAAAAUGUGCCUGGAGGACAAAAUGCUCAUGAGCGCCGUGAAGAAUAACGUGGGACGAGGACUCAACAUUGCUCUUGUCAAUGGAAGAACAGGAGAGCUGAACAAAACUGACUUCUUCGACAUGUGGGCAGGAAACGUGGCUCCCCUCAUCCAAUUCCUGAAGGAAAUCGAGGAGGGGACAGUGGUCAUGAUGGCAUCCUUCGAUGAUCCAGCCACCAAGCUCAACAACGAAGCACGGAAGCUGAUCGCUGACCUGGGAAGCUCGGCCGUCAACAAUUUAGGAUUCCGGGAUAACUGGAUCUUUGUCGGAGGGAAAGGGAUCAAGACCAAGAGUCCAUUUGAGCAGCACAUCAAAAACAAAGCAGACACCAACAAGUUUGAGGGCUGGCCGGAGGUCCUCGAAAUGGAAGGCUGCAUUCCUCGCAGGGAGGACUGACCCCCCCUGUCGGAGACUCCUCAUCUGAGACGAGCCACCGUUUUCCGUCAUGUCAGACUGUUUACCGCCGACAAUCUUUGAAAGGGCUCGCGGUGGGACAGCACGCAGGUGGAGCCCACCAAAAAGAAGGGACUUAUCUGCUGUAAUACCGUCACACCUUAAGCUUCAAAAAGUUGUAUUAUUAUUAUGAUUGUUCUUGCACUGUCUGCUCUGCCUGCUAAUCCGCCUUGACCGUGAACCAAAGUGUACCAACUUUCCACUGUGAACUAUGUAAAUAUAAUUUGUUUAGGAGGGUUCAAACUGAUUUUACUGAUUUAUUUUUUAAAUAAUAAUAAUAAUAAUAAAUCUGGUUUGUUAUUGCUG